AUGACAAGCCUCAUGAGAAUCGUUGUUCUGUUGGUGGCCGUUUGGUUCCAAGGCACCACCGCCAUGAACUUGGCGAAUGGCUUCCAAGAUGGCAUUUUCCCUUUGUUCCCCACCGUUGCCGGCGUUCCUUUUCUGUGCGAUAGUGAGUUGCUUGACAUGCCAUGGUGGGUUUGCGAGAAUUCUGCUCCCGGUGGCGACGGCAGCGGCGGAAGCACAUACGAGGACACCACGACAGAGGAAACACAAACGUUUGCAGGCAAGGCUAAUCCCAAGAACGGCGGCAAUCGCAAGCUCCAUUCGAAGAAACCCAAGAACAAGUUGCGAGGACUGUAA